CUUCCCCUCCCUCCCGGCCAAGUCCGAGCUCCCCCCCAGCCCUCCGAGCCGCGUCCCCCCGGGGCAGGCAGCGCCGGGCCGGGCCGAGCCGAGCCGGGCAGGGGGUCCCCGGCCAGGAGAGCGCCCCGUGAGGAGGGGGCUCCCCGCCGCCUAUGAGGGCUCCGCGGGGCCGGGCGAGCCAUGGACGGCGGCGGCGUUGGCGUGGUGGCGCCGCCCGCCCUGGAGAAGAACGCGGCGGAGCUGACGGUGAUGGACGUGUACGACAUCGCCUCGGCCGUGGGGCAGGAGUUUGAGCGGGUCAUCGACCAGCACGGCUGCGAGGCCAUCGCCCGCCUCAUGCCCAAGGUGGUGCGGGUGCUGGAGAUCCUCGAGGUGCUGGUGAGCCGCAACCACAUCAACCCCGAGCUGGAGGAGCUGCGCCUGGAGCUCGACCGGCUCCGCUUGGAGAGGAUGGACCGCAUCGAGAAGGAGAGGAAGCACCAGAAGGAAUUAGAACUGGUGGAGGAUGUCUGGCGAGGGGAAGCACAGGACCUUCUUACCCAAAUUGCACAGCUGCAGGAGGAGAAUAAACAACUGAUGACAAACUUGUCUCACAAAGACAUUAAUUUCACGGAAGAGGAAUUUCAGAAGCAUGAAGGAAUGUCGGAGAGAGAGCGGCAAGUCAUGAAGAAGCUGAAGGAAGUCGUAGAUAAACAGAGGGAUGAAAUCAGGGCAAAGGACCGGGAACUCGGACUUAAAAAUGAGGAUGUGGAGGCUCUUCAGCAGCAACAGAACAGGUUAAUGAAAAUUAACCACGACCUGCGGCACCGGAUCACUGUUGUUGAGGCUCAGGGAAAGGCGCUGAUCGAGCAGAAGGUGGAGUUAGAAGCAUAUCUGCAAACCAAGGAGCAGGAGAUGGGCAGCCUACGAGCAGAGCUGGGGAAACUGAGGGAAAAACUGCAGGGUGAGGACAACCAAAAUGGGGAGGAAAUAAAGCCAGAACCGAACAAUGACGACUGCCUCUCGGAGUCGGAAAAGAUGGCAAUGGACUUAAAAGAUCCAAAUCGUCCAAGAUUCACUUUGCAGGAGCUCCGGGAUGUCCUUCAUGAGAGGAAUGAAUUGAAAUCUAAAGUGUUUCUACUUCAAGAGGAGCUUUUAUAUUACAAAAGUGAGGAAACAGAAGAAGAAACUAGAACCCCUCAACCUCCGCCCAUAAUUCAAUCAAAACCCUCGACUCAGCCUGAAUCUGGAAUCAAAAGACUGAUCUUUACAGCCAUAAUGCCCAUGGUAGCAGCUGGAUUGAUUCCAGAUGAUCCCACAUUGCAGCCAAUAAGAAGACUUGUGUCCCUUGUUUAGUUUCUUCUCUCGUGAUAAGAGACGUAUGCAGGCAUCACAGAAAAAUGUCCACUUCCAGGAUACUUUUGGCGAAUGGUCAAAUUCAAAUAGAGAUGACACCUACACCGAACAAGGACAAGAAGCCCUGCAGCACCUGUGACUAAAACCCUGAGGUGGUCAGCUUCCUGCAGUAGAUCUCGACAGUCUAGUAACAAGAAGCUUCUGUGAACAAAUCUGGCAGCUCGUCGUUUUUAUUUGCCUUGCACACCUCGGUGGUUGUGUUUCAGCUGUACUCCUCCAAAGGGAUCCCGCACUGUUCACUUGGUGACUGUUGAAAACAGAGUCCAAGCUUUGCAGUAACAGUCAUCGAUGCCCUGGGACGUUGAAGCUUCUAGAUGACUUGUUUCGUGCUGAAUAACAAGUCUACGUUCUUGUUCACGCAUUAACUACAGUAACACGAGCUUCUCUAAACCAAAAAAAAGGACCUGUGCCAUUAAUAGAAGUUUGUUUGCAGUGUACAAUAUCUAUUGGCAAAGACUCCGUUACCCUGUUUGUUAAAUUUUUGGGUUGUUUGCUUUUUCUUAACUUGCUAGGAUUUUUUUCAAGAGGAAAACACCGCAGCUGGCCGUUCUCCGUGGCAGGUCUUAGCACUGCUCUGUCCUGUUACAUUCAGCUGGCACCUGCAUUUUGCAGAGUAACCACCUGGAAAUUCACCUGAUACAAAUCGAUAAACUGGAGUAGCCUUGAGAGGGAUAGUGAGUGUAUACAUUUCCCUUGCUGCUUAUAGUGCCUAAAGCAUGAAGAAACCAAUGUACGAGGUGAGCGUGCCUUGCAUUUUGCCAUGAGUUCUGCAGUAUUAAUGGAAAACAAAUUGCUUACUAUGAGGAAUUCUAACACUUAUUUUUUUUCUUACCAGGGACUUCCCCCCUAGAGUAGCAGACAGUUGCUGUAAAGGAGUUAGGUUCCCUUCCCACAGCCAGGUUUAGAUUUAAGUCAGACUCCACUUUUCUGCCUAGAGAAGACUGCCUAACUUAGAGUAAAAGACAUCCUCAAGUAGCUGACACGAGCUAUUUUAACUGACUUAGAGAUGACCCCAACUCAAAACCUUUUUUCUGACUAGUCUGAACACUAUUUUGGGUGGCAGAAUGGGCAAAUUCUGCAUAUGCAGAUUGCUCUGCUGCUGUUGAUUGACGUUUGGGUAACCCACAAUCACAGGGGCCUUAAUUUGCCCCCUAAAGCCCCGCAUGUGAACACGGCUGAACUGCCAGGAGGUGGGUUUUAGAUCUGCUUUGUAAUUAAGUGUGAGACCCUUGGGACCGCCUGAGGUUGUGCUUACAAAAAAAACACUUAACACUAAAGCUCCGUGCAGCGUAACUGCUGCGUGUGGCACCCUGGCUCUGCACCUCACCAGGCUCUGCCCCGGUGGGAGAGAGCAAAUGCACCCACUGGCUGCUCCUCACGAGGGAGGUGGUGAGGAGGUCACCUGUGAACGUUGCUGCCUGCCAGGAGAGCCUGUGCUGAAGCAGAGCACUGCUGGAGAGGAGUUUCUCAAGUUACAGCAAGGCUGCGGGCAACUUGUGCACGUGUUGCUUAGCGCUGGGGGCUGCUGGUGGCAGUGCAGCAACUGCAUCUGCUCUGUGAAGAGCCCGGUGCUGAGUGCAGGGCAGUUGUUUUUAGUCCAGGAUGAUCCACAACCGGCUUCCUAAAUGUGUAUGGGCAGCAAACGGUUCACUUGUUGGGAAGCUGUGCCAGGGAACCAUUUUGUUGCCGCGGUGGGCUGAACGCUGCUCUGCUCCCGCCUGUAACUGCUAUGUUUGAACACAGACCCUCAGCGGGUCUUAGGUAGAGAAGUGUUUACUGUGCCUGCCAGGCAUCAUUGCCGUUCGGGGCAGGAGGGGGAAACGUGGCCUUACACGGAAGGCAUUUCCACUUGAAAUAGUGACACUAGCAUCUGAUGCUAAUAUUAGGCAGAGAUAAUUUUGCCUGGUUACGUUUUGGUAACACAUCAUGAGUUUUAUGCUUCCAGAAAGCUGUAUCCAUAAAAGAGCAGCCCUUCUCCCCUGCCAUGAGAGUCAGUUCUGACAUGGGGGAAGUCUUACUGUAACGCUUAAGUUGCUAACGCCCUGACUUCACUUCCGCACGGGGGCGGAGGAAUAAAAAGCACACUACAGUUGUAUCAGGCAGUUAAAUAAAUUGUGAAUGAUUCCUGUCUCUCCCUAGCGUAGUUUACAGUCAUUUGACACAUUCAGAAGAGAUGCAGUGAUCAGAAACAAUGCAAGAAUGCAGCAGAUUCCCAGCCUGGAUAAGCACAUUGCUUUCAAAUCAGCUAAGAGCACUGAGCUGGGAUAAUAGAAACCCCCAGGCUGAACUGUUUUCCCCCAGCAUCUAAGCUCAUGUAUUAAAAACUCUCCUGGCCUAGUGCACGUACAGCUAGUCCCAUACGCUAGAGCCCAGUGCGCUAUUGUUGGGUCGAAUCUGCAGCCAAUUUUGAACAAUGGCACUAAGCAGUACAACCUUCCCCGUUCAUCUCUAGCCCAUUACCUCAAAAAUCUAAUUAGUCACUCCUGACCUGCUAGUAUUAACCACCUCGCUCCUCCUUCUCACGUUAGAAGCGCUGAGUUUAUACACACCAAGCGUCAUCUGAGAAGAUGGCACAUAGGGAUGAGUAUGUAAAGAGUUGAAGAUCUGUCGUGUAGUUUCUCAAUAUUAACUAAAAUCUGCUUUUAAAAAAGGGGCCGGGAUGUUGUCAGGUAUGGGACAUCACAAUCCUGUCUCCAAAGUGCAGGAUCACUGAAGUUUUUUUUGGUUUUGUUUUGGUUGGGCAGUAAAUAAUUUUAACGGUUUAAUAAAUAUUUCUGAAAAACUAGUA